AUGGGCUAUCGAGCACUUGAAAUGGCCAAGGAAGCUGGCCACGGAGACGUGCCCUUGACGAGCCACGCGACGACUCGAAGGCCCACGGUCCGCCAGUUCCUGGAUGAGGAAUCCAACAAGGAGGCUGCCGUCUCUGGCGCCGAGCAUAUGCAGCAGUUGCUGAGCACGCUGAAGAAGGAAACCGGCCUUACCGACCAAUAUGUCGUCCGAGUUCCGGGAGUCUUGUCUCCCACGCACUGGCUUACAUACUGGCUCGGCGUUCGGUUGCGUCAAGAUGGGGGCCCUGAUGAGCUUUAUCAGUUGAACUCGGCGUUCCCUAGCCAGGUCAACGCCGUCCCUCUGUCCGAGUCGAGGAUUAUGGUGGCAAAGCCGUGGGGGCCGGUCGUUGAUGGCCACGACAUCUUGGAAAGGAUGUCGAGGGAAGCCUACUCCAAGGCAGGCUUCCAUGUCGACUUUAUCGACGACUGGCCCUUUCAUUUGGCGAGUGGAGAUUUGCACUGCAUCACCAACGCGUAUCGCACUCCGACGGCGCGGUGGUGGUAG